CCGGAAGCGCCCGCCGGGCCCGCGCAGCGCAGCCGCCAUCGCCGCCAUCGCGGAGCCGGGCCUCAGGGCGUCCGGGGCUGCCCUCCGCGCUGCCUGCGCCGCCGCCGCCCGCCCGGGACGCCUCCAGGCGAGAUGCCAGAAGCCCCACCCCUGCUGUUGGCAGCCUUGUCAUUGGGCCUGGUGCUGCUGGUACUGCUCUGCCUGCGACAUUUGAACUUGGGCUUACUUUUUAUCGGCUGGAAUGAGUUGGUCCUGCAGCCGCUCCACAACCUGUUCAUGGGGGACACGAAGGAGCAGCGCAUCCUGCGACAUGUGCUCCAGCACGCGGUGGCCGGGGACCCACAAAGUGUGCUGGAGGCCAUCGAUACCUACUGCUCGCAGAAGGAGUGGGCCAUGAACGUGGGUGACAAGAAAGGCCAGAUCUUGGAUGCAGUGGUGCGGGAGCAGCGGCCGUCGGUGCUGCUGGAGCUGGGAGCCUACUGCGGCUACUCGGCCGUGCGCAUGGCCCGCCUGCUGGAGCCCGGGGCCCGCCUGAUCACCAUCGAGCUCAACCCUGACUUCGCCGCCAUCACCCAGCAGAUGCUGGACUUCGCAGGCCUGCAGGACAGGGUCACCAUUCUGACCGGGGCAUCCCAGGACACCAUCCCCGAGCUGAAGAAGAAGCAUGAUGUGGACACGCUAGACAUGGUCUUCCUUGACCACUGGAAGGAUCGGUACCUGCCGGACACAGUCCUCCUAGAGGAGUGUGGCCUGCUACGGAAAGGGACAGUGCUGCUGGCUGACAACGUCAUCUGCCCAGGAACACCAGAAUUCCUGGCAUAUGUGCGUGGGAACAACCGCUUUGAGUGCACACACUUCCCCUCAUACCUGGAAUACUCCAAGAGAGUGGAUGGCCUGGAGAAGGUGGUCUACAAGGGCCCAGGCAGCCCAACACAGCCGUGACCAGCCACCCCACCCUGGGGUCCCUUGCCGAGCCUAGCUAUGAAGGGCACAACACAUGUGCUCCUGCCAGCCCGCUUUUGCAGUUCUGGGCUCUGUCCUAUGAGAGAGAGGCCUAUGAGGCCAAAGCCUGCUGGCAAUGGCCCCUCUGUGCAGUGACACUGGCCUGUCUCCACUGGUCCCCGCCAAAUGCAGCCAGCUCACCGUGCAAAAUCAUGCAAUAAAUCUAUAAAAUAUGUUUGUAAAUACCAAAUCGGGACAGGUGGUCCCUUUCCUCCACCCACCAGCAUUUCAGUCAGUAGGGUUUCUUACAUGAGUAGGUCCUUGGGCAUUGACAUAGGCAGUGGACACUGGAAGUGGGAACAUUUGGAACCGAUUGGGCUGUCCAUUCAGUCUGUCCUUGAGGUUCACAGUCACCAGGUGGCAGCAAGGCCUGAGUGAUGCUGCUGUGUUCAACAACUCACACUCACUUGUGACUCCUGAGUUUCUUUCACCUUUUUUAGGAAUGAAAUGUAACUUCUUUACUACAAUCAGCUCGCUAUUAAUAAUCCCGUAUACCAGUAUCAUGUUUAAAAUAUGCUAAAAGAGAAAUUAAAAAUUUAAAUGUUUAAAUAGAA